AAUCUCUUGCUUCUGAUAGUGAAUUCCCUGCCAAGAAGGUCGUUUCUGAGUACGCAGAGAAUGAGCAAAAUUGGAAGAUCCUUGAGGAAGUUGUUCGAGUUGCUGAAGAGUCUGGAAGAACACCUUCUGAAGUUGCGAUCAAUUGGACUCUUCAACAGCCAGGAAUCACAUCCGUAGUGGCAGCAGCAAGAACCUUGGAGUUUCUGGAGGAAAACAUAAGUGCUUUAGAAUUCAA